AUGACGACAACUCAAGGUGAAGUAAUCUCCACCACUUUUUUCAGCAGCAAGGCUCUACUGAAAUCCCUGCAAGAUGUGAGCCGCAGCCUCCACAUAAGUGGUAAUCAAUUUCUGCCGCCCAACACCGUUUUGCUUUGUGCCGUCGGUUUAGGCUUUUUGGUUGAUGGCGUUUAUACUGCAACCGUGUGGUUUCGAAACCGACGGGCCCUUAAUGUGGAACGUGCCGUCAACCAUCAUAAUGGGCCGGUGAAGUUUGUGGUGACCGAUGAGUUAGAGGACCGCGACGAGGAAGCGAAAGCGUGUUUAGUGCAGCAGUACAGUGACGAGUUAUGCAAAGCAAUUCUUGGGGCGCCGCGGACGUCACCAGGCUCAUGGGCCAGAUCUCCCCCUGCAGACGCCGUCGCCGAGUACGAGACACUUCCUGAGCCGAUUCGACUGCUGUGGGAGGACCGUGUGAGGUACACUUUGGACGCGCGUGAGGUCGUGGGUCUUCUGCGCAGGCGGCUGGAGCCUCACUUGGCCGGGUCGAGGUACGGGCCCAGUGCCGCUCUGAUGGCAUUAUUGUGGCGUUUGCAGCUCCUGCGCACCGUUCACGAGUCUAUAGUGAUCGCCGGAGACGUGGGACGGUGCAAUGCCGAGUUGACCGAACUUGGAAAGCACACAGGAGCUCUUUAUCGAGAGUUUAUUUCUACGUUACACGCACCGGUGCGGGUCCCCUUCGACUCUUGCUGGGAGUGUUUGUCCGCCGAAGACGACCGGUUGCGUGGGCAGGCAAGGGCGUUACAGCUGCGCAACCUUUGGAGUCUCACCAGAUAUGUGUUUGCAGGGGGGCUCGAUAAGUUAUGCACUUACGGUAUGGUGGGACUGCUCACUGCUUUUGCUGCCCGUAGUGCGAGUGCGAUUUGUACAAUCAGGGUGGACGUGGAGCAACUUCUUCCUAAUCUCUUUGGCACCGCUGCUUCCAUCAAUACUGGGGGAACCACCGGGGACGGUGCCAUCGUCUCAUGGACUGCCAUGCACAUCGUCGUAGCGCGUCUUCUCGUUUCCGAGUGGAUGUUGCACAUGUUGCGUCUGGGAAUCACACGGGUAACACAGGACUACACCCACGCCUCUGCUGCAUGGCGCAGGGACACUGUGAAGCACCGACUAUACGAUGCACUCACGCGGACACCCUUAAGUUACUUCGACAAAACGGAACGUUACGCUGUUGAGGAGAUUGUGUACUACGUUAAUGACCUUGAGGGGGUUGAUGUUUUUGUGCAUGACUUCUUUACGCGGCUGGCACAGUCUGGCAUUUCAUUGUGUGUGGCAUUAAGGGUGUUAGACAUGCGGAGUGCGGUGACCGUUAUGGGAGCGGUUGCUGGAGCAAGUCUUUUAAAUGCUAGCCUGAGUUUUCUCAAGAAGACCUACUGCGCCCUCUCAUAUUGUAAUGGGAUUGGGUUUGAGGCGGUUGACAGCCCGUCGGAUGCAGAGGAGGAGGAGAAUCGGAAAGAUACAACAGACCACCUGAUGUUCUGUGGGAUGGACAUUAUCGAGCACAUCCCCGAGCUGCGCCCGUACGGCGCUGACACCAAACUGAUGGAAUGGUGGAACAACUACACCGCUCACUACCGACGGCGUUCCUGUGGCCUGCGUCGUGUUUUCCAAUUAACCUAUAACUCCCGCUACCUUUGGGCGAUUGACGCUCUUAAACCGGUCGCACGGUGGCUUCUUCCCGCUAUUGUCGCUGCGAAUGCUGCGGGCACGUGUCAAAUACAAGUCUUUCUUCUUGAGGCAAUACGGGCCUCGCAGGAUGUAUUGGAGCGUGUGGUGGACGUUCAGCGUGUUGUGGACGUAGUGGGAUAUAAUGCAUACAAGGCUGGGGUGCUUGAACGUAUCCUCGACUCCAAGAAUUGGGAGGAUGGAGACACCGCGGAGAGGAUCUGUGAGCAUACGAAUAAGGGCAAUAUCAGUGAUACUACUGCACUUACUUGUGAUAUGAAUGGCGGUACGUAUAAGAAAAACAAGGAAGAUGGAGAGUUGAGGCUUAAAGGAAACGACGUGGAGGUGCUGGCUGUUCGCGCGAACGGUUUGCAGUUUCGUUAUCCAACAGCACCAACUGUUGAUGCCUUUCUGAAGCCCGCUUCGUUUCAAUUUGAGUUGAGGAAUAGGACGACAGGUCUUGGGCGGCUUGUGUGCAUCACGGGAGUUAGUGGCUGCGGCAAAACAACACUCCUGCGCCUUCUAUUGGGGCUUUACGCGCCGGAGAACCCCAACACUCUCCUUCUUGAGUUUCGGUUGCGACGGCAUCAUGUGUCGGAAUCCAACGGAGGGGGAACGGGUAAUAGCGGUAAUAAAGAGCAGUGGGCUCCAGUUGAGCUUAUACCGCGAGCUCAGCUUCGGUCUACUUUUUUCAGCUACGUGCCACAGGCCCCAACUAUAUUUCCUGGCGCGACCAUAGCCCAGAAUGUCUCACUUCGGAACCGCGUUUCAAUUACGGAUACGUUGGUCCUUGAGCGGGUGCGUGUCUGCACGGAGGCUGCGGGUUGCGGUCAUUUCAUUAAGCGCUUGCCAAAUGGUAUCAUGACGCCACUGUGCGUGAAUGUUGGUUGGGCGACGCCCGAUGCCGUGCGACUGAGUUGUGGUCAGGGGCAGAGACUAAUGUUAGCUCGUGCUCUAUUCCACUGUUCCAGUGUACUUUUGUUGGAUGAACCCACAGCAGGGUUAGACAGUGAGACGAAGAAAGCAGUCAUGUCACAGUGGCGUGAGUUGCUGUCUUCUGGACUCGUGGGUGGUAUCAUAUGCGUGUCGCAUGACGCCGAUGUGUUGCAAAUGGCGGAUGAGACCGUAACAUUGUGA